AUGGUUUCAUCAGUAUUUCCUCCGUCAAUGCGGAUACCUGAGGCUGUGAAUCCGCCUAUACCUGGAGAAAGCCAUCGUUAUUAUGGGAACAUUCAUUUAAAACAACUUAAGCUUCCUUCAAAUUCUUUAAACCAUUCCUUUCAAGGAACGAGUUAUCCUCAAUAUUCAGUAGACGGUUCGAUCGAGGGUGAUAUAGACAUUCAUGAAGCAACAGCUGCUGGUAAUUUUAUUAGGGUUAAAGAGUUACUUGCCCCUCAUGGUUCUGGUGAAGCAACAUCUGCCUUUUUACUUGCAAAUGAAGCCAGUCCAUCUUCUGGUUUGACACCUCUUCAUUAUGCCGCGUCACGUGGACAUCUAGAAAUUGUAAAAUGGUUGAUAGACGAGGCUGGAGCUAUUGUUGAUCUCGAAGAUCAAACGGGAGAGACAGCUCUCCUUAAAGCAUCUUAUAAUGGUCAUUCUUCGGUUGUAGCGUAUCUUCUACAAAAGAAAGCGAGUGUUGUUCAAAAAGAUAAUGAUGGUUGGACUGCGUUACAUAAUGCUUCUGCUCAAGGCUAUUUACAGAUUGUUAAAUAUUUGAUUGAAUACACUUCGGCUGAUGUUGAUGUGAAGAAUAAUAAAGGCCAUACUCCUUUAAUGAAUGCUGCAUCAAAGGGCAAUAUUGAAAUUGUAGAAUACCUUUUAAAAAAUGGUCACGCGAAUCCGCUCAUCAAGAACAGCUUUGGGGAAACUGCAUAUGAUGCUGCUGCUAUAAGUCUAGAAGUAUAUAUAUGUGAAUUGUUAGAAAAGGCGGAGCGAGAUUGGUGGAAGGGAAAAAGAGCAAUGUCUACGCCACCUUCAUCGAAGGAACAUUUUGACCUGCCGUCACCUGAUCAGCCAUAUGAUGUUUAUGCUUUUCAUAUCACUGUUCCCGUCAUACUUUAUGAAAAUCAGCGUACUGCUUCAACAUUGGGUUUUCCUCUACGUGGACCACCAAAAUAUUCUGCUAAUAACUUAUUGAAAAGCGAUUCUCGAGGUCCUUGGUCUCUUCCAAAUGGUAAACCUUCCUCAAAAGAUGAAUUUCAACUUCCUUUGGGAUCAUUUAUUUCUAAUGCAACUACUUCUAAGUCACAAACAUCUUGGUUUUGGGUAACCGAUUGGCAGGUUGAUAUGUCACAUCCACAAGUAGACUCACAAGGGUGGCAAUAUGCUAAAAAUUUUGAAGAAAGUGAUAAAAAUUGGUGUUCUGAACAACGAUCUAAUAGUGGAAGUUGGGUUAGGAGAAAAAGAUGGGUUCGUAUUAUGAAACGUAUUAUGGAUCUAACAGAAUUUGGAAGUGUUUUACAAUUUAAUCCAGAUAAUAUCGUUCAACAUGACGAUCCUGAUUAUAUUGAGCGGGCAGAAGCGAUUAUCAAAAAAAACCAAGAUAAUGGAAAUGGAAAAGGGAAAGCUGUCAGUGAGCUUUCUGUGGCUGAUCAAUUGGGACGAUAUAAAGAAGCAAUAGAACUUUUGUUAUCUGGAAGCAAAGCUGAUAAAAAUCCGCAGCGUAAACAGGAAGCCACUUCCCUUGUAAAUAGUUUUAUGACUCAUGCUGAAAAUUUAGAUAAUAUUUUAAGAAAUGAGAUCGUUGCAGCUCCUCAAAGUACAAGCCCGAGUUUUAAAGAUGUUCCAAUGACUCCAACAAUUCCACAGCCUUCAUCACCAAGUCAAUUUAGAUUGGAUUCUCCUGCUAAUCGAUCGAGAAGUGUUACUCCAAAUGCAGGUACAAUUAGCAACUUUAACGCUCCAUCGACAACAAGUCUUAAAAGUUUUGAGACAAUUGAAAGUCCCUGGAAUGAUACGGUUCAAAGUAACGAUGUAGUUGGUAAUUCAUCUUCCAUUUUUGGUGAUUCAGCUAUGGUAUCUACGCGUGCACAUCCUCAACUAGGUUUAACCGUCAAAAAUGUACAAGCAAUUACUACUUUCUGUGGUAAAUGGGAGAAUGAUGAAGACGUACAUGAAUGUCGAAGAUGUCAGAAGAAGUUUAACGUGAUUUUUAGAAGACAUCAUUGCAGACGAUGCGGUCAAGUGGUUUGUGAUAAAUGUUCUACUGCAAGGGUACCACUAAAUCAAGUGCUUACUGAUCCAUCCCAAAGUGGUGAAGCAAGCCAAUUAUCUCAAUCUCAAUACCACCGCGUGUGUGACUCAUGUUUCGACUCGAUAGGUCAUACAUCUCGGGAGAGAUCAGAUAGCUUCACUUCUACGACAAUCGUUUCUGGUUCAUCUUCCACAAGUAUUAGAAGGCGUCCGAGCAAUAGUUCUAUGAACGCUUGUCCUGUUUGUAAUAUGUCAUUAAGUAAAGCCCCUGCAGGAAAAACAGAAGAACACAUCAAGAGCUGUUUCGAUAAGAAGAAUGGCACCGGCGUUAGCGGUUAUCAAUCUGUGGGUGAGCAAGCCGCUUUUGAGUCUUGA